AUGGGGGUUUUUCGCAACGACAAAGGCGAAUUGAAGCCAGAAAGGGUUGAAGAGGAGCUCAAUUACAUUGAAAUUGAAUCGUCGGAAGUUGAGAGCAAUGUGUCGAGAAGCACGUCAAUUGAGCAGCUCAAUAAUCUUCAAAGUCGACGGGCAAUGAGAGCUCAGAAAAAUUCGAAAAAGUCGAGGAACUUCUUUGACGAAGUCGAUACUGAUGGAGUGAACGUGAAAAGAAACAUGGGGUAUCGAAAAUGGAGAAGGGUUGAAAAUGCCCGCAUUCUUCUCACUUAUACCGAUCUUGAAGAUAUUUGUGAGGAUUAUUCCGAUAUCUGCCCCAAAAGCUAUACACCAUUUGAUCGCUUAUUUGAGAACAAGGAGAAUAUGAAGAUUUGGAACGAAUUUGUUGAAAAAGACGAAGAGGAUCAGGAAAAUAUCUUGAAAGCUGUGGAUGGAGUUAUUGAUAUGUGCGAGCAGCAGGGGCCCAGUGAUUGGUGCUUAUUGGGCGAGAAGUUGCCGAAAAUAUCGAAUACUCCGAAAAAAGGCCAUCAUAUUUAUUCGGGAAAAGCUUGCUUUGACCGCAUUGAUAAUCGUAAUAAACGCAUUUUGCUUGGAAAAAAAGUGAACUGGGCACUUGUUGACCAUUUGGAAGAAGAACUUCGAGAAUUGUUCAUGGAUGACGUGCUCGGGCAGAAUCACGACGGCGAAAUUGUCUACGUCACUAAUUUUCCGCUAGCCAGCGAUAGAUUGAUCGCACAUAUUGUUGCUCAAUAUCUUUGGCUUAAUUCUCAAAGUUUAACUCUUGCCAAUACUGGUGAAAGAAUUACGGAAAUUCGGAAUGCUAGGGAUUUCUUCAUUCCGCCUGAUUCAACUCUUAUUAAUUAUCUGGAAUCGGAUGUCUUCAAAAAGAAAAUUGAUUUUGUUCCAUUUUCAAUGAGAAGUACGGAAGGUCGAAUAUUCUAG